AUGGGUAGCGGGCGCGAUAAGCGCAAGAAGGCAAAGGAGCGCAAGGACGGCCCGGUUGCGGGCGUAGGCGACGAGGAUGAUAUCGACGCGCUGCUACUGCGAAUGGCUCUGGAGGAGAAGCAGCGCAAGGGCGCGGUGGAGAUCGCGGCAGAUUGUGACCCGCCGGGGCCCAGGGUCAACGCGUCCUUUGUGCCGUACAUUACGCCGCGAGGUUCCUUCAUUUUUUUGUUUGGGGGCGAAUACGUCGACCUGGGCACUGACAAGGUGCAUGUGUAUAAGGACCUUUACAGGUUCGAUGUGGACAAACGGCGAUGGUCUCGGGACCUGUGGCGUCUCGAUCUCACGACCUGGGAGUGGGACUGUCUGCCCUCCAAGGGCGGGCCCUCGGCUCGCUCGGGUCACCGAAUGGCGCUGCAGCCGCUGAGGAACCGCGUAUUGCUAUUUGGCGGGUUUUACGACACGGGGCGAGAGGUUAAGUGGUCCAUAUCGCCCAGGUACUACAACGACCUCUGGGAGUUGAACCUGGAAACGCUCAAGUGGACGAGUCUGGGUGGCGGUCCGUCCGGCAAUGCGGGGGGGGGCGCGGUGUGGCCCUCCCCCCGUAGCGGCUGCGGCAUGACGGUGGUGGGCGACACGCUGUGGGUGUUUGGCGGAUACUCAAAGGCAAAGGACGAUGAGGAUGAGGACUUGGAGCACGGCAAGACCAUGGACGACGUAUGGGCAUGUAAUCUUACGUCGUACACGUGGGAGCGUGUUAAGAAGAUGGGUAUGGCCCCAGGUGCCCGAGCGUCCUUUUCCUUGGCGGUCCACACCCACCCCAAGGCGGGGCCGCGUGCUUUUAUGUUUGGCGGCGUGACAGACAACGAAGCGAAGGGCGGCGAAGACCUGUCCUCAGAGUUCCGCAACGAUUUACUCUCCUUCAAUUUUGAUAAUCGGAGGUGGUACGCCGCAGAGCUCAGACCGCCCGGUAAAGGAAAGGGUGCAGCAGCAGCAGCAGCACCCGGCCCCGCGGCGGCCGCGGACGGCGAGGACGGCGCUGCGGCGGCGGCACCGUCGUCGUCGUCGGCGGCCGCUACUGCCGCCUCCGUCAUCUCCCCUGAGGUAGCGGAUCGGUUGGCAGCAGCGACGGAUAAGAACAGCGCGCUUUACAGAGCGGCCGUGAAGAUCCAGGCAAGCUACCGAGGCUAUGUGGUCCGUAAGGCCUACCAGCUGUACCGCAUCGGCGGCGUGGUUUCGGAGAUCCUGUAUUCGCCCGCCACGUACGGCUUGGAUCUGUCCGUACUAAACAUGCCGAAACCCAAGGCCCGCAUGUGCUCCUUGAUGACCGUAGUGGGUAGUACGUUGUGGUUGUUGGGGGGGACUGUGGAGGUGGGGGCCAAGGAAAUUACGCUGGAUGACAUGUGGUCGUUGGACGUUGUCAAGCUGGACGGUUGGCAGUUGAUACGGGAGAAUACCGUUGGCGAGGAGCUUCUCAAAAAGGGUGAUGGCAGCGACAGCGAGUGGACAGAAGCCAGCGAUGGAGAUCUGGAAGGUUCUGAAGACGACGACGACGACGAGGAGGAGGAGGAGGACGAGGGGAAGGGGAAGGGGAAACAGAGUGGCGUGAAGAACGCGCUGUACAGCCGCAGGCGGCAGGGGCUACUGGCCGUGCUAAGUCCACGUAUGCUAAGGUGCAAUCCACCACUGCCAAUGCCAAGCUGGCGGCCGGCGCGAGGAUCACAUGCCGUACAGGCAGACGCCGCUACCGCUGCCGCUGCGUCUGCCAGGGACGGUAUUGCUUUUGGCGGCGGUUUCGGUGCUUGUGUUAGUGGUGGCUGUAGCGGCUUGGAACCCUUAAAUUUAACGCCAGACCGUGGAUGCCGCUGCAGCAGUUUGCCGUACAUUCUGGCGGCGGCGGCCUUUGCGCUACCUUCAGCACACGUGCUAUCCUGUCGCUACGCGUUGCCAGUGGCCAGUGAUGACGUCAGCUUGGUAACUUCCCACAGGACGUGGGCUGCGGUCUACGCGGUGCUCCUAAACCAAAGUACAGGUGCCGUACCGCGGAUAUUAUGGACGUUACUUCCGCCAGCGGCCACAGCUGAGAAGACCAUGGCGGCCGCGGCGGCCGUGGCUAUGACUCCGCGGCUGCUCUGCACAGUCCCGGCGGCCGCGGCGUCACCUUCCGGCUCGGCGGCAACCUUCUCCUUGCUCAGGCGGCGCACGUCGUCGCCGUCGUCCUCGUCGUCGCCGUCGUCCUCGUCGUCGCUGUCGUCUUUAUCGUCUUCCUGUCGCGGCGGAGGCUUUUCAUCCCCCGACAUGCUCCAUUCUCGUUCCCUCUCAUCAAGAGAGAUAGCGGAUGAUGGUGGGUCAAGAGAAGCGUUCUCAGACGACGCCUUUGCUGCUGUUGCCGCUAAUACCAGCACCCAUGAACACGGCUUCGACGCCGUCAGCAACAGCAACCGCAGCAACCGCAGCAACGGUCUCUGCAGCCGCGGCAUCAGUUUCGGAGUCCGGGAGAUCCCCUAUGCCUUCCCUCAGGGUCAUCGACCAGAUCGUCCUAAAGGCGGAAUCAACGGCUACGUCAGCGGCGGCAGCAGCGCCUUCGCGGCCUGA